CGGCAAGUUCCGCCACGGCUCGGUUUCGUCGGUAACGGUCGCUGUGUGUUUGAAAUUCUCGGAAGCUGCUCGGGCCUGAAACUGAAGUAAAGCGGAGGGGAGAGUCACGGCAAAGGGCUACGAGUGUGCGAGAGCGGGAGUGCGAGCGAGCGAGAGGGAAGGCGCUUGAUUCUCGGGAUGACUGUGCUGCAGGAACCCGUCCAGGCUGCUGUGUGGCAUGCACUUAACCACUAUGCUUACCGGGAUGCUGUUUUUCUGGCAGAGCGACUCUAUGCUGAAGUGCACUCAGAAGAAGCUCUUUUCCUGUUGGCAACUUGUUACUAUCGUUCUGGAAAGGCGUACAAAGCGUACCGUUUGCUGAAAGGCCAUAGUUGCACCACACCACAGUGUAAAUACCUCUUAGCAAAGUGCUGUGUGGACCUGAACAGGCUUGCAGAAGGAGAGCAGAUUUUAACCGGAGGAGUUUUGAAUAAACAGAAGAGUCAAGAUGAUAUUGUGACAGAGUUUGGAGAAACUGCGUGCUUUACUCUUUCUCUGCUGGGGCAAAUUUACUGUAAAACUGAUCGGUUAGCUAAAGGAUCCGAAUGUUACCUAAAGGGCCUGAAUUUAAAUCCUUUCCUGUGGUCUCCGUUUGAGUCCCUGUGUGAAAUCGGUGAGAAGCCUGACCCAGAUCAAAUAUUUAAACUGACGUCUCUGCAGAAUUUUAGUAGCUGCCAGCCAAACGUCUGUCCGUCUUACUCCUCCCUCAGCACUUCUCACAGACAGACGGAUGCAGUUUUGAUGGAAACGCCACAAGACACUUUAGAAUUAAAUAGACUGAAUUUAGAAUCUUCAAAUUCAAAGUAUUCAGCUUUAAACACGGAUUCCUCAUUGUCAUAUAUCGACUCCUCGGUAAUCUCUCCUGACUCUGUGCCACUUGGGACUGGAAGUGCUUUAAUGUCCAAACUGGCACAGAACAAGCCAAAAAGUGGGCGCAGUUUAUUGGGAGGGCCUGCUUCUAUGAGUCCUUUAACUCCAAGUUUUGGGAUUUUACCACUAGAACCAAGUCCGGGAGAUGGGUCAUACCUUCAAAACUUCACCAAUACAUCUUCUGUAAUGGACCCACCAUCUUCCGGAGCCCCUCCCAAGAAGUCCUUAUCCAGAAUUAGCCAAGCUGGUACCAAAUCAGUGUUCACGCAGAGUGGGAACAGUCGGGACAUUACUCCGAUUCCUUUAACGCAAACGCAGAGCAUGGCUCCACAAACCAGUGCAUCACCACAAGUGCUGAGUCCAACAAUUGCUGCUCCACCAAAUGCACCGCCAAGGAGGAGUACGAGGCUCUUUACUAGUGCCAGUUCUACUGCAAAGGAAAACAGUAAGAAAUUAAAAAUGAAGUUUCCAACGAAAAUUCCAAAUAGAAAGACGAAGACAAAAAUGAGCAAAGGGGGGAUCACUCCGUCAAACAUAAAUGACAGCAUUGAGAUCCUGAAGCUCGACUCCGUUUCUGAAGGGAAGGGCAAUUUUGUCACCCCACAAGUUCAAGCCUUCAAUAUGCAGAAGGCGGCAGCAGAUGGCCUAAUGAACCUUCUGCGUGACAUGGGGAAAGGUUAUUUAGCACUUUGUUCCUAUAACUGUAAAGAGGCGAUAAACAUCCUGAGCCAGUUGCCUUCACACCAUUACAAUACGGGCUGGGUGUUGUGCCAGAUUGGGAGAGCACACUUUGAGCUUGCUGAGUACAUGCAGGCUGAGCGGUUAUUCUCAGAAGUGCGGCGCAUAGAAAGUUAUCGUGUUGAAGGCAUGGAGAUUUAUUCCACGAGUCUCUGGCACCUACAGAAGGAAGUUGCCUUGUCUGCCCUUUCAAAAGAUCUUACCGACAUGGAUAAAAACUCCCCAGAGGCCUGGUGUGUUGCUGGGAAUUGCUUUAGUUUGCAGCGAGAACACGACAUCGCAAUAAAGUUCUUCCAGAGAGCGAUUCAAGUGGACCCCGGCUUUGCAUAUGCAUAUACGUUGCUUGGCCACGAAUUCGUUCUCACAGAGGAGCUGGAGAAGGCCUUAGCGUGUUUCAGGAAUGCUAUUCGCGUUAAUCCACGGCACUAUAAUGCUUGGUAUGGCCUGGGGAUGAUUUAUUAUAAGCAAGAAAAGUUUACUCUGGCAGAAAUUUAUUUCAAAAAAGCACUUGGCAUCAACCCUCAAAGUUCAGUUCUGCUGUGUCAUGUUGGUGUGGUACAACAUGCCCUUAAGAAGUCUGAACAUGCUUUAGAAACUCUAAACAAAGCCAUUAAUAUUGACCCCAAGAACCCACUAUGCAAAUUCCACAGGGCUUCUAUCCUGUUUGCAAAUGAGAAAUACAAGGCUGCUUUACAAGAACUUGAAGAGCUGAAGCAGAUUGUUCCAAAAGAGUCACUUGUUUACUUUUUAAUAGGAAAGGUUUAUAAGAAGCUGGGUCAGACGCACUUGGCCUUAAUGAAUUUCUCCUGGGCCAUGGACCUCGAUCCCAAGGGGGCCAACAAUCAAAUCAAAGAGGCCAUCGAUAAACGCUAUCUUCCGGAUGACGAGGAGCCAGUACCUCAAGAAGACUCCUACCCAUUUGACUCAGUCGAUGCAGAGGAGUCUCAGGAGAGCAGCAUGACAGACGCCGAUGACACUCAGCUUCACGCAGCAGAGAGCGAUGAGGUGUAUUAGCCCGGCGCCAUGCUGCGCUCCCAUCAGCCCUGCGUUUCCAGGGCCCCGUUUACUGCUGCUGACACAAUACCUCCAAUGCCUCCAUUUACCCCCACACUAUUCUCGAUGAGCUUCUUGCCGCCGUGUACUGCUUGUUCCAGUCUUGCACUUUUUUGCCAAACCACGUAGUUCCAUUUCAUGGGAAUAGCGGAGGACGCCCCCUGGGACGGGUGUCGAUGCUGGGCCGUAGUGUGUGGCCAACGGUGAAAACUUUGGACCGAAAUGAAAGCCACAGUUGGCACCUUCCGAAAGUUUCAAUUUCUUUGCUGCCUGUGAGUGAAGAUCUUGACAAACUUCCUUGCAUCUUCUGGAUUCGUGGUGUGUACCUUUUUUUUUUUUUAAAUCAUUGUCCCCCCCCCCCCCACCCUUCCCUUUUUUUAUUUUUGACCAGGAGAGACAGAAACUAUUAAGUCUUACACGAGUCGAUUUUAUUUGAACGGAAAUUAUGCUUGUUGUGUUUAUGAGGGGCUGUUGUUUCAGGAAAGUGCACGAGUAUCAUGCUGUGUGCUGGACGGUGAAAACUUGGGGAUCCCAAACCCAACACCGGACUUUUAAUGCAGUCGAAACGUUUUUUGUUGUUUUUUUUUUUAAAUGUGUAUAUAUAUGUAUAUCACAAAAAAAAGUUUGAAAAGGCUUCCUUUAUUUUUGUUCAGACAAAUCUAAUGAAAAGUUUCAAAUGUGUGAUAAUGGAUUCAAGAUUUUACGUUUACAUCUUCUAGUGGCACCUGCAAGAAAAAAAUAAAAUAAAAUAGUGGUUGAUAACACGAUCUUUUAAAUUCUGGAUCUCAGUUUUUUAGUCAGAUUAAUCACUAAGGUUCUCUCUUUCCUGUUAUCGAGCCUUUAGAAAUUUAGAGAAACCUUUUUUUUAAAAAAAAUAAAUAAAAUCACUGAAAAUGUCUGCUUAUUUUUUAUUUUUUUAUCCCUGCUGAAUACGUCCAUACAUGAAGACUUUUGUCGCAGGAUAAGCAGAUCGUCCAACGUGACGAAAGUUUACGUCGAGGUUAGCGUCGCACAGAGAGCUCACACGGGAGAGCCGUGGGGUGACGUCUGCGAAACGUAAUACGUAACGGAUGUGUAGGUGCAGUUUUUUUAUCUUUAAUAUAUUAGACUCACAAUUAAUGGGAAACGGUCACAAUCUUCUACCUUCUUAAUAUCGAACAGUAUUCCUUGCGUUGAGAAAAUCGUAGUGUAAAACGAUGCGUCCAUUUUUGUAUAAAUCAGUAGAAACGUGUGGACUGGCACUGAGGGAAGAACAGAAAAUCCCAAGAAUCAACACGGCGGGUAGGUGGGGGGUCCAGCUAAUGGAUGGCUUACCCAUCAUUACCACCGCAUUGAGUUUUGGGAUUGAGUUCUCCGCCACCGCGCCCCCCCCCCAUGCUCUCAACUAGACCACUGACGUCACUGAUCCGCACAUUUCUAGCGAUGUGUUUUAUGAAAUUGGCUGUAAUGGUUCAACACUGCGAUUUUCCCCCUGAAACAUUAAAGAGAGAAUCGUGACUGCCCUCCCUGAAUAUUCACUCACCGACUAAUCUUAAAUUUCUGAGAUUCACUAGUUUGGGAGGGAAGUGCGUUCUGAUUUACUUCCACGUGUUUGUCGACUAGUAAAGUAUCAACCUUUUUUAUUUUAUUGUAUUUAUUU